AGAUUGAACAUGGAGUUUAAACGGUGAGCGCGGGCGGUCCUAGAGUAGCUGUGGGGCGGGUCUUGCAAGUGGGGACGCGUGCUUGAAUUUGAAUUCAAGCAAGAACUAACAACUUGUUAAAGAUAUUAGUCAACUACCACCGCACAGCAGAGGAAGUGAGCUAUACUGUAACACUGUAUAUCUUAAUAUCCGGCGAAAUUGUGUGCAAGUUUGUAUGUGUGUAAUAUUGUAGGUGGUACAACCGCAACGUUUAAAUCGCUGGUCAGUGUUGUAGCUAACGUUACAGGCAUCGCUACUUCAGGAGAGAUCACUUGCAAUGAAAGCGGGCGUCCACUGCCGUUGUUCAAAAUGCUACUCGGUUCCGGCACGGAAGCGGGUCCGUAAGCGAACUCCAACCUUAACUUUGCUGUCUUUGCCUGAGGAGGUCCUCCUUUGUGUGCUCCAGUGCCUCUCUGCUGAGGACCUGCUGUCUGUCAGAGCAGUUCACUCCCAGCUGCGUGACAUUGUCGACAACCACUCCAGUGUAUGGGCAAGAGUCAGUUUCAGGGACACGUGGCCAUCCCCCAACACCUUAUGGCUAUUUGAAAGAGCUGCUGAGAAAGGGAAUUUUGAAGCUGCUGUGAAGCUAGGCAUUGCUUAUUUGUACAAUGAAGGACCAUUGUUGAGUGAUGAGGGGCGAGCGGAUGUAUGUGGUCGUAAGGCCUCCCAUUUCUUCAGCCUGGCAGAGAGCCUGCGCUCUCCUAUAGCAGAUCCCUUCAUCUGGGUGUUCAUCCGUCCACCGUGGUCGCCCACUGGCAGCUGCUGCAAGGCUGUGGUGUUCGACCGUCUCAAGGCUGAGUGUGACAACAAUGUGGAGAAGAGGGGGCCAUUGUUGCACUGUUUGGCCAGAGUUUUACAGCUGUUUGAAGAGGAUGAAAAACGCUCAGAUGCCAUAUCUAUGCUCGAGGAGUCUUCACAGGCUGGCUGUCUACAGAGCUCUUACCUGUUGUGGGAACAAAACCAUAAAGCCAGCAUGGCAGAUCCAGGCAGGUACCUCCAGUGUGUCCGAACCCUCAGGGAUUAUGCUGGCAAAGGAUGCUGGGAAGCUCAGCUCUCCUUGGCCAAAGUGUGCAGCAGUGGGAAUCCGCUGGGUUUGGAGUCAAAGGCCUGCUCUGACUUAGUGGCCCAGCUCUUCAGUUCCUCUAACCCAGCAUCACGGCACUGCUCUCAGGCAAUCCUCAGACGAGGCAUCAAGGACACCAUGAGAUACAGUCUGCUUGUGGACUGGCUUGUGGAGGUGACCACCAUGAAGGACUUCUCUAGCCUGACGCUACAUGUGACAGUGGGCUGUGUGGACCGUUACUUGGCUCUUCGGUCUGUCCCAAAAGCUCGCCUGCAAUUAUUGGGCAUCGCCUGCAUGGUUGUUUGUACACGCUACAUCAGUAAAGAAAUCCUGACUAUACGUGAAGCUGUUUGGCUCACUGACAACACCUACAAAUAUGAGGACCUGGUUCGAAUGAUGGGAGAGGUUGUCUCUGUGCUGGGGGGAAAGAUCAGGAGCCCCACACUGCUGGACUAUGGAGAUGUGCUCCUGUCUCUGCUCCCUCUAGAGAGGCGAACCACUCACCUAUUCAGCUACAUCUGUGAGCUGUCACUGCUCUACUCUGCUCUCACCACACCACCACCUGCCAAACUGGCCUGUGCUGCACUGCUGCUUACACGAGCACUACAUCACUAUGCUCCCCUCUGGCCCAGCCAGUUAGCUGACUACACAGGCUUCUCCAAGCAAGACCUUGUCUCCCUUUCUGUGCUGCUUUAUGUCAAGUGUUUCAGUCAAGAUGUUCCCAAAGAUUACAGGCACGUGUCUCUGACUGGAGUUAAGCAACGGUUUGAAGAUGAGGCCUACCAACAUAUCAGCAAAGAAAAGGUGAUGGAUUUCAAAGAACUCUGUCAGAUCUUGGAGAUUCCUGAAGUGGAGCCUCAGAUGGAGCCUCCCAGCCCCACUGGUCAACCAACAGAUAUCCACACCUUCCUCGCCUCUCCAUCCAGCACUAACAAGAGGAGACGUGACGACAGCAUGCAGGCUCACAGAGGCAGCUUUGUGGCCACGCCCACGGCAGAGCUGUCCAAUCAGGAGGAAACGCUGCUGGGCGACAUCCUGGACUGGAGCUUGGAUACUUCCUGUUCGGGUUAUGAGGGCGACCAGGAGGAAGAGAGCGAGGGAGAGAAAGAUGGUGAUUCUUCAAUGAUAUCGGUCACACUGCAGCCGCUGACUGACGCAGACAGAAGCCUAGAGUACUGCAGAGCCCUGUCCAGUGAUGAAGACAGCUUCUGUGAAGCAGAAAGGGAGGCAAACGAGGGUUGCCAAGGUCAGGAGGCCGUUUCCUUCUUUGCAGACCUUCACAGUUCAGGAUACUCCUCCGUCCAGAGUGUUAGCCCCUCAUCCACGUGCUCCUCCUCCUCCCUCAUGCCUUGCACAUUCAAGAGCUUUACAACUUCGUUGGGUGCCGCUUCUGCUAAUGCUCAGCCAGGCUUCCGCCUUUUGGUGCCAAUGCAGAGGCCCCGGGGCACCUCCAGCAAACAAGUGAAGAGGAAGAACUCGGCGGCUCAUAGCGGAGGGGAGGUGGAAAGAGAGGAAGAUGAGGACGGGGAAGAGGACAAGUAUUCUACCAACAUGGGGUUUCUGAGCCUAUAGACAGUGGUUAUUUAAAUGGCCCCAGGUUGUUCACAGACCACCAUGCUCAGUCACUAUCCUCCAGCACUUUCCUUUAGUUCUCAAUGCUGUUCCUCACUCCUGCCAGUCUGCACUGGUCCAUCAAUUGCCACAAGAUCAACAAACCUUGGAGGUUUCCUACAAAGGGAAGGGAAAAUAAAUAUAGAAAUUACCUAGAAACUUGCCUUUCUAUUACAUGACAUUUCAAAUAUGUGUUUACAGGCAUGGCGCAAUAAAAUACCUCCCAUGAACCUAGACUCACAGUCAGCUCUCAAACCACUGGAACAUAACUUGACUUUCCUCAGGACCCUGGUACAAUGGUUGCCAUUUUUGUUGUUUUACAGCCUUCCACAACAACCUAUCUCAGAUCAUGUUAGAUAGUUUUACAGGAACCUCAUGGACUUGUUUGGGGAGAAAAGGUGUUCAUUGUUAAGAUCAUAUUUGGAAAAACAUAGCUGCCGUGUUAUUGUGAUUGUUUUAGUUAUCAUAGUCUCUGAUAUGCACUGUCUUUACAGGAGUCUGUAUUGUAUUUGGUGAAUGUCAUCAAUGGGUGACGCCUCUGUCAGCGUCAUAGUUGAUGAAAACAUCUGUAUCUGAAGCCUAAAAAUAGGAUCAUAUGAAUUCAUUUUCACUUUUGUCCUACGUUCUACAUGUGUUUACCAAAGGUACUGUGGUGGUGUCAUUUGUGUUUUCAGGGGCAUCUACUUCAAAAAGAAACAGAGCUGUGAAAUGAGUCUUUUAGUAGUCUGUAUCUUCUGUAGUCUUGUACAUAUACACCGGUCGUGCUGUUGAUAAAUAAGUUUGAUCAAUAUUCCUUAAAAUACCUGAAGCACACUAAGCCCAUCAGGAACACCGAACAGAACAGUUACAAUGUUAACUGUUGAGAUAUAAACACACUAUAUGUUCAGUAAGGUGUGCUGGAACGGGACUAGCCAAGAAUCUCCAACUGGAUGAAUACUGUACAAACCUCAGCUUUGGUGCUGCACACUCAUUAACUCUUCAGCUCAGAUGUAAUGAGGCAUCCAAUGCAACAUCGAAUUUAACAUGCUGAUAAGUUGUACUUUACCCACUUUUCCUCCCAUCUGAAUAGGUGAAGCACUUUUAUCAUAGAAGGAGCGCAAUUGAAUGAAACAUAACCAUUUUUAUGCUUGAACAAUCAAUACUAAAGUAUUUUUGAAAGGAUUUAUUUUGCCUCCUUGGAGAGAAAUGGAAGUUCAGACACUAAAGGAAUAUUAUUACUUGAUGGGGUUUUGAACGUACUGUAUGCCUCAUUCAGGACACUGAGUACACAUUGCCUAAGUGAUUGUGACUGACUGUAAAUACAUUUUAAACUGUUACUGCAGACUGGUUAUUGCCUGUGUUUUAUAAGUGUACAUAGUACUAUAUGUAUAAAUGGAAAAAAGAACAUGCCACUAUUACUUGAAAUUGUUUUUGCUUCAUUCCAAAAAGGCUGUUUUCUUUGAGAAAAGUUUCUACAGUACAGUGUUUCCUCCUUAGACCUGUGAUGUGAAUAUGUAAUUUUUGUACUGAGUUCAAAUAAAACAAGCCAUCAUGCAAAUUUC